AUUCAAUUGAAGUCGUCAACACUGCCCAUUAGAGAACAGACAUAGGGAAAGGGGCAAAGGCUUUUUCGCUAGAUUUAUUAUUGUGCUCGGUUAUUUCCGCUUCCAUUCCCAUAAUACAACCAUGCCUCGAUCAAAACGUGCGAGGAUCGUCACCGAGACCAAGACCGCCAAAAAAUCCCACAAGGAACAGACCAGACGCCUCUACGCAAAUAUCCGAGAAUGCAUCGAAAAAUACGAUUAUCUGUUUGUCUUUGGUGUGGAUAAUAUGCGCAAUACAUAUUUGAAGGAUGUGCGUACCGAGUUUGGAGAUAGCCGCCUCUUCUUCGGAAAAACAAAAGUUAUGGCAGUAGCUCUUGGCCAGAACCCCGAAACCGAGGCCGCAGAGAAUUUGCAUCUCCUACACCCUUACCUAACUGGUGCCGUUGGACUUCUCUUUACAUCGCGUACGCCUGAAUCCGUGAUCAGCUACUUCGACUCGUUUCGGCCAUUGGACUUUGCCCGUGCCGGGACGGUGAGUACCCGUGCGUUUUCCAUUCCCAAUGGUCUGGUGUACUCGCGUGCCGGCGAGAUUCCUGCAUCCGAGGACGAGCCUGUUAGUCAUACCAUUGAGCCUGCGUUGAGGAAGUUGGGUGUGCCUACGCGUUUGGUGAAGGGAAAGGUCAUGCUGGAGUUGACGGAGGGGCAGGAAGGAUAUCCAGUUUGUCGAGAGGGUGAGGUAUUGGAUUCCAGGCAGACGACACUGUUGAAGAUGUUCGGUGUCACUAUGGCAGAGUUCCAUGUUGCUCUGAAAGCAUAUUGGAAUCGGAAAGAUACUCAAGUUACCAUUCUGGAGAAGAAAGAGGGCGAGAUGGACGUUGAUGGACAAAAGACUGUGCCGUAUUUGCCCGGGAAAUUUGGCAAGGGCGGAAUGCCUAAAGCUCAGGGUGCGUCAUUUCCCGGGGAGUUCAAUAGGUGCUGA